UAAGAAACAGAAGUUUAAGAAACAGGUGCCGGUAUUUCCUGCUUAAUUGCUCCAAAGUGUGGCGUCACUCUGUGAUAUAAGGCUCUGUUGAAAAGCAUUUAUGUUGUUGGGAGUUUGGAGAGGCUUGGAAUGUGGGUGUGUGAGUUUACUGAUAAAGCGUGGUUAAUUUAAAUUAGUAAGUCUGUAGGAAAAAAGGUUUUAUGCUAACAGAGAGUUUUGAGUCUGUUUGCUUUAUUUUUCUUUCUGUUAGAGCGAAGCCAACCAUUUGUUUUCUGUAAACUGCUAGUGAGGGGUUACACGAAUUAAAAACUAGGUUGUAAAAGCCUUUUUGACUCCUGGUGACCUGCUUCAGCCAAGUCAGUUUCUGUUGCAUAUUUUUCUUUUAACUUUGCCGGAAGCAUACUUCUAUGGGCAACUGGAAAACUGGGGUGUGAGUUUUACAUUUAGCACCUUUCAGUACCCAGUUUUUCCCAAUACUUGUCCAACUUGGAUGGCCGUUCCCAGAGGGUGUUACUUGAGGAAUGUGUUUCAGCCCCAUGGAAGCUUCAGUGGGGUUCCGGAGGGCCCAAUCCAAUCCCCCUUGUUGUUUAACAUCUACAUGAAAUCGCUGGCAGGAGUUAUCCAGAGGUUUGGAGUACGUUGUCAGCAGUAUGCUGAUGACACUCAGCUCUAUUUCUCCUUUCUAUCUGCAGGUGAGGCAGUGGAAGUGCUGGACCAGUGUCUUGCCUUGGGAAUGGACUGGAUGACAGCCAAGAAAUUGAAGCUCAAACCAGAUAAGGCUCAGUUAGUGGGUGGUUCCCUAGAGCAGAUGGCUGGAAGGUUGCCUGCUUUGGAUGGGGUUACACUUCCGCUGACGCAGCAGGUUGGUAGCUUGGGGAUACUCCUGGAUCCUUUGCUGUCACUUGAGGCUCAGAUGGCCUGGAGUGGCUUUCAUCAGCUUUGGCUGGUGGCCCAGCUAUGCCCCUAUCUGGACAGGGAUAACCUAUCUACUGUUGUCUAUGUCUGGCAACAUCAAGAUUAGAUACAGAUAUGCAUUAUAUGUAGGACUGGCUCUGAAGACAAUUUGGAAACUUCAGCUAGUGCAGAAUUCAGCAGAUAGGUUGCUCACUGAAACAAGGCGGUUUGAGCAUUUUGCACCCAUCCUUGUCUGACUGCAAUGGCUACCAAUUAGUUACCGGGCCCAAUUCAAAGUGCAGAUUUUGACUUACAAAGCCUUAAAUGGCUCAGGACCACAAUAUUUAUAGGACUGCAUCUUUCCGUAUGAACCUACCCGGACCCUGAGAUCAUAUUCUAAGGCCCUCCUUUGUGGGCCUCCUCCUCAAGAGGUCCGGAGAGUAGCAGCACAGGAACAGGGCCUUCUCUGCAGUGGCUCCCCAUCUGUGGAAUGCUCUCCCCAGGAAAGUUCGCCUGGCAUCUUCAUUAUACAGUGGUGCCUCGACUUACGGAUUUAACAUGAUUUCCCAUAGGAAUGCAUUGUAAACUGAAAAAUUCGUAAGUCGAAGCAACCCUAUCUAAAAAUUCGUAAGUCGAAAAAUUCCUAUCUAAAACGGCCAUGGGUUUUUUCCGGAUGUCAAGACAUUCAUAAGCGUGUGGCCAUUACCCCCAUUCGUAAGUCGAAAUAUUCGGUUGUCGAGUCAAUUGUAAGUUGAGGUACCACUGUACACCUUUAUGCGCCAGGCCAAAAUGUUCCUUUUUACAGGCUUUUGGUUGAUAUGUUUGACAUCCUUUACCCUAUUAAAAAUGUGGCCCUUUUUGGGGUGGGGUGUUAGUGGGUUGUUGUUUCAUUCUGUGAUUUUUUUUCUGAGAACCACGCUGAGACCUAUGGGUAUAGGACGGUAUAUAAACUCAAUAAAUAAUAAUACUAAUAAUAAUACUUUCAUUUUUUGUACCCCACACAUCUGACUGGGUUGCCCCAGCCACACUAACUGGCUUCCAACAAAUGUAAAAGCAGAAUAAAACAUAAAACAUUCAAAACUUCCCUAUAUAUGGCUAUCUUCUUAAAGUUGUAUAGUUGUUUAUUUGACAUCUGACGGGAGUGCGUUCCACAGGGUGGGCAUCACAACCAAGAAGGCCCUCUGCCUCGUUCCCUGUAUCUUCACUUUGUGCAGUGAGGGAACCUCCAGAAGGCCCUGGGACCUUGAUCUCCGUGUCCUGACUGAAUGAUUGGGGUGAAUAAAUGCUCCUUUAGCAUUUCAUCAGUUUGCCUUUUUAUUCCAUCAGGAGAUGUUGAAGGGAUGCUGGCAGAAGGGGAACAAUCAGAAGUGUCAUCAAAAGGAUCCAAAGAGGAGGAAGAGCAAAGGAAGCAGAGGGUUCAAGAUGGAGGCAGCAGGCAAGAGGGGAGACGAAAGCACAAGCCGGAGGGUGACUCUGCUACAUCUCAGGGUGGUGACAAUCAAAUUCACAGAGAGGAGAAAAGGCAUGAAUGUAAAGUGUGUGGAAAGAGAUUGGGUAGUCACUCAACUCUGAACUCACAUCAAAGAGUGCACACAGGGGAGAAACCGUAUACAUGUUCCGAGUGUGGAAAGAGCUUCGGUUACAGUAGCAGCCUUACAUCACAUCAACAAACUCAUACAAGUGAGAAACCGUAUAAAUGUUUGGAGUGUGGAAAGAGUUUCAGUUGGAACAGAGCCCUUACUAGACACCAAAGAUGUCAUACAGGGGAGAAACAGUAUACAUGUUCCAAGUGUGGGAAGAGUUUUGGUUACAGCAGCAGCCUUAUGUUGCAUCAACAAACUCAUACAAGUGAGAAACCGUAUAAAUGUUUGGAGUGUGGAAAGAGCUUCAGUUGGAGUAGAGCCCUUACUAGACACCAAAAAUGUCAUUCAGGGGAGAAACAGUAUACAUGUUCCAAGUGUGGAAAGAGCUUUGGUUACAAUAGCACCCUUAAGUCACAUCAACAAAUUCAUACAAAGGACAAACCAUAUAAAUGUUUAGAGUGUGGAAAGAGCUUCAGUUGGAGUGGUAGCCUUACUAGACACCGAAGAACUCAUACAGGGGAGAAACCGUAUACAUGUUCAGAAUGUGGAAAGAGCUUCAGUGACAGUGGUUACCUUACUACCCACCGAAGAACUCAUACAGGGGAAAAACCGUAUAAAUGUUUGGAGUGUGGUAAGAGCUUCUGUGAUAGUGGGAGCCUUACUAACCACCGAAUAACUCAUACAGGAGAGAAACGUUAUAAAUGUUUUGAAUGUCAAAAGAGCUUCCGUCAAAGUGGUUCCCUUAUCUUGCACCUACGAACUCAUACAGGGGAGAAACCGUAUACAUGUUCAGAGUGCGGAAGGAGCUUCAGUCACAGUGCUACCCUUACUAACCACCAAAGAACUCAUACAGGGGAGAAACCGUAUACAUGUUCAGUGUGCGGAAGGGGUUUCAGUAAGAAUUGUAACCUUACGUCGCAUAAAAGAUUUCAUACAGGGGAGAAACCGUAUACAUGUUCAGAGUGUGGAAAGAGCUUCAGUCAGAGUGGUGUCCUUACUAAACAUCAAAGAGUGCACACAGGGGAGAAACCGUAUACAUGCUCCGAGUGUGGAAAGAGCUUCAGUGACAGGAGUUCCUUUAGGAGACACCGAAGAACUCAUACAGGAGAGAAACCGUAUACAUGUUCAGAGUGUGGAAAGAGCUUCAGUCACAGUAACAGCCUUAUGUCGCAUCAAAGAACUCAUACAGGGGAGAAACCGUAUACAUGUUCAGAGUGUGGAAAGAGCUUCAGUCGCAGUAGCAGCUUUAUAGCGCAUCGAAGAACUCAUACAGAGGAGAGACCGUAUAUAUGUUCAGAGUGUGGAAGGAGCUUCAGUCGGAGUGUUCUCCUUACUAACCACCAAAGAACUCAUACAGGGGAGAAACCGUAUACAUGUUCAGAGUGUGGAAGGAGCUUCCGUCAAAGUGGUGGCCUUACCUCGCAUCAAACAAUUCAUACAGGAGAGAAACGUUACAAAUGUUUUGAAUGUCAAAAGAGCUUCAGUGCCAGUAGUUCCCUUAUGUUGCAUCUACGAACUCAUACAGGAGAGAAACCGUAUAAAUGUACAGAGUGUGGAAAGAGCUUCAGUCACAGUGGUUACCUUACUAACCACCGAAGAACUCAUACAGGGGAGAAACCGUAUACAUGUUCAGAGUGUGGAAGGAGCUUCAGUAAGAAUAGUGGCCUUACAUCGCAUAAAAGAUCUCAUACAGGGGAGAAACCGUAUAGAUGUUCAGCAUGUGGAAAGAGCUUCAGUAAGAAUAGUGGUCUUAUAUCACAUAAAAGAUGUCAUACAGGGGAGAAACCGUAUACAUGUUCAGAGUGUGGAAAGAGCUUCAGUCAGAGUAGUGGCCUUACUAACCAUCAACAAACUCAUCGAGACAGCAAACCUUAUAAAUGCUGGGAAUGUGGCAAGAGCUUCAGUCACAUCACCUCCGUUUCCCGGCAUCAAAUAAUUCAUAUAGGGGAGAAACGACAUACAUGUUUGGAGUGUGGAAAGAGCUUCAGCCACAGUUGGGACCUUACCUCGCAUCAAAGAGUGCACACAGGAGAGAAACCUUAUAAAUGUUUGGAGUGUGGAAAGAGCUUCAGUUGCAGCAGCUCCCUUACGUUACAUCAAAGAACUCAUACAGGGGAGAAACCGUAUACAUGUUUGGAGUGUGGAAAGAGCUUCAGUUGCAGUAGUAGCCUUAUUAGACACCGAAGAAAUCAUACAGGAGAGAAACCGUAUACAUGUUCAGAGUGUGGCAAGAACUUCAGUUGCAGCAGCUCCCUUACGUUACAUCAAAGGACUCAUACAGGAGAAAAACCGUAUACAUGUUCCGAGUGUGGAAAAAGCUUCAGUUGCAGUAGUAGCCUUACUAAACACCAAAGAACUCAUACAGGGAGGAAAUCUUAGAAAAGUUUGGCCUAUGGAAAGAACUUCUGUGAGAAGGGCUCCCUUACUAAUCUGAAAAGAACUCUUACAGGGAAAACAGAAAAGUUGGAGUGUAGGAAAAUCUUUAAUAAUUUCAAAUAACCCUACAGAGAGUAAGCCAAUGAUCGUGCUCAGCAUUAGAAUUUGCUUCCAUUAGAAUUUUUAUUCCUUUUACUGGCUGUGUUACAGAUUGUUCUCCCGAUCAGAGUUAGAUUUACAUAGCUAUAAGAUUGAGGCAAAAGGAGAAGGGGACGACAGAGGCGAGAUGGUUGGACAGUGUUCUCCAAGCUACUAACAUGAGUUUCACCAAACUGAGGGAGGCAGUGGAAGACAGGAGUGCCUUGCGUGCUCUGGUCCAUGGGGUCACUAAGAGUCACAUAAGACUAAACAACAACAAAAUUCUUUUUUUAAAAAAACAUAAUCUUUAUUAAAUUUACCAAAUAAAGACUGUUACAGAUCAAUUCGUUUGUUAACAUUUCCAGUUGUUUUCUUGUAGUGUAAAUAAUAUCAAUUAUAUUUCACAGCCUAAAAAAUGGUAGACAAAAUAAAUCACGAAUCUUGAAGUAAACCUAUCAAGAGAUAAAGGGGGGGGGGGAGAAAAUAAAAGAAGGAAAAAGCAAAAAGGAAAUAUAUAUAAAUCAAUUUCAAUCGUGUUUUCUAAUAUUGUGAUUCUGCGACUUCCCUUCUUCUUUUCUCACAGUCUUCCUCUUUUUGGCGUAUCAUUCCUUAUCCGUAUAAAAUUUUUAUUUAUUAUUUUAUGCAUAUGCCUAGGUGAAAUAUUUACAAUAUUUUAACAAAUAUUUCCUUAGAGACCUUACGACACUUGACAUUGCUUUAGUCAUACAUCUUGAUUUUUCUUAUUCCUCAAACCGACCCUUAACGGUUCGUGGUGCGGUUUUUGUCUAUUUUACUUGCAAUUGAUUUAAUCACAGAUUUUAUCUAUAUAUUUCAUAAAUUUACUCCAUUCUUUCAGAAGGGUUUCAUUGCUCUGGUAUCUGAUCCUUGCUGUUAGUUUAGCUAUUUCCAAGUAUUCUAUCAUUUUCUGUUGCCAUUCCUCUAAUGAUGGAAGUUGCUUUUGUUUCCACAGCCUUGCCAGGAGAAUCCUGGCCCCAGUUGUUGCGUAGAGAAAGAAUUUACGGUCGUUUUUCUCUAUGUCCUCCCCGACCAUCCCCAAUAGGAAGGCCUCUGGUGUUUUUUUAAAAGUGUAUCUUAAUAUUCUUUUCAACUCGUUGUAAGUACAUUCCCAAAAAGUUUUUAACUUAGCCCAUUUCCACCACAUGUGGAUGAAAUCCCCAUCUUUUUCGCCGCAUUUCCAACACCUCUUGUCUCCUGUCCUAUACAUCUUUGCUAACCUGGUUGGGGUGAGGUACCACCUAUACAUCAUCUUAAAUUCUCUUUCAGUGUGACGCUCGCUGUAAAUUUAAUUCCCGAAUUCCAAAGUUUGUACCAUUUUUCAAGUUCAAUAUUAUGGCCGAUGUCAAUGGCCCAGCGAAUCAUCACAGAUUUUACUGAUUCGUCCUUGGUAUUCCAUUCUAAUAGGAAUUCAUAGAUCUUAGUUAUCGUCUUUGUGUUAGAUUGAAUUACCAUUUUGUCCAGUUCUGAGGCCCCACUUUGGAAACAAAAUUCUAUUUUCUUUCCCAUGCAUUAUUUCCCAUGUAUUCUUCACAUGCGUAUACUGUUGCUUGAAUAUUUCUCCCUUCCCAAAGAUUUGUUAAUCUGGUGUGAAUUGAUCUGAUAUUUUUCAUAGAAACAAAUGCAUUCGCUGGUAUUCUGUCGACAUAUGGAAAGUAGAUCUUUGCAAUGAGAGUACAGCCCCUCAGAUCACACCUCUAAUGAACAAAUACUGUUGAAAAACAUAUACUGUAUACUAAACCUCGUUACGCAGUCAAGAGAGAAAUGAGAAUAGUAUAGGAGAUGCAUUGAUUUUCCAGCCUGUGUUUAGAGUGCUAAUAAGUUAAAAGGUUUCAGGAUUUGUGUUUCUUCACCUUCACCUGCCUAGGAGAGCUUUCAAUUUUAUGUCUCCGAAAUAUCCAGGCAGUGGCUGGUUCCUGAUGGGAUGUAUCUGUGCUGUGUGUUCUCCCCUCCCCUAGUAUUCUCCCCCCCUCAAAUUCUGGAAAGAAGAUGCAACCUCAUCCUGAACACUUGUGGGCAUAGUUUUGUGCUUCUGCACAUGCGCGAACGGUGAUCUGCUGCUUCUGCGCAUGCGCAAGUGGCGAGAUCUGGGAGUAACCCAUUCCGGUACUUCCGGGUUGCCGUGGUUUGCAAACCAAAGGUUUCGUAAAUCAAAGGCAAAUUUACCUGAGGCAACACUGUAUGUUUAAAAUACAAUUUUUAAAUAGUCAAAAAAUUUAAAAAUUCCUGUGUGUUAGUGAGAGAGUUUCCCUGUUGCAUAGUCUAGUGAUAGGCGAUAUUUUGGAACUGAACUCUGCUGAUCAAAUACCUGAUAGCGCAGGUAAUAGUCAAGCAAACUUAACACAUCUUCUCCAAUGGAUGCCUGUUGCUCAUGCCCCCAUCAUGGCUGCUUUGUUAGAAACUGUCCCCCACCCCCCAAUAUGUCUGUCGUUCACUAAAAUGCUUGCACUUCUCAUGACAAGGGACAAGCCCUUCCUGGGAAUACCUCGGCAGUGAGCUGCUGAACCCCAGACCCCAAAAGGAAAUACAACCUCAUCCAUCAGGCAAUGCUAAACACUGAAUUCUUUUUCAAAUGCAGUUUUUAAGAUAUAUUUGCACAGAAAUGUAAAAAAUGCCUGUGUUAGGAAAACAAUUGCCCUAGAACAGGGGUAGGGAACCUAAGGCCCAAGUGGCCCACGGGGCCCAUUUAACUGGCCCACGAGCCACCGCCCCCAAACCGAGCUCCCGGCUCAGUAGUGAGCCCCCGUGCACUGCACUAAACCAGCACAGCGUGGUGUGCAGACUUUCUUCCACAGCGUCGGAAAUCGCAGGGGAGGGAGGCUCGGUUAAUUUCGUUGUACACAGGUUGUGGAUUGACAAUAAAGUUGUUGUUAUUAUUAUUAUUAUUAUUAUUAUUAUUAUUAUUAUUAUUAUUAUUAUUCUCUUUCAUAGCUCUGAUCCGAGAGGAGUUCAGGGAGCAAACGGCCCUCUUACUCCCAUGGCAUCGCUCCCCCUGCCUUGCUGAGCUUCUGUGUGUCUGCUUCCUUGCAGCCAAGGGAUCUGAUGUUGUUCAGGCUCAUGCCGCCGUCUUUGCUGCCUUGUUAGAAGCUGCCCACUCACCCCCAUAUGUGUGUCACUCACUAUAAGGUUUGCACAAGCCAUUCCUCGUCACUUGCGGAGAGCCUGCCCAGACCCUAAUAUGUCUGUCUGGUGCUCUGCCACUUCUUGUGCCAAAGGUUGCCCAUUUUCCCACUAGGCACAUGGGGAAGAGGGGAAGCAGGCAAGGAAAUCCUUGAGGCCCAGUUUGCAGCUGAAAGCCCCUGGAAAGCCAGGAUCUAAGCCAGGAAGUGCAUGUUUUGCGAUGUUCCCGAUUUGCCCAAAAGGGCACUCAAAACUAUUGAAGAAUAUUUGCCACCAACUUUGGAACUCCCUGCCUAUUGAUACGAGGCAGUUGUUUUCACUGUACUCGUCAGCACCCGCUAAAGACAGUUUUGUUCAUGCAAGCCUUUCGAGAUGUGUCAAAUGUUGACACAUGGUCUAAUCCGGGUUUUAUCAUUUAUUUUAAUAUUUUUUAAAUAAUUAAAUAGUCGUUUUAACUUUUUUUUACUGACAAUUUCAUUGUUUUAUUUUUCCUGAACUGUGGAUAUUUUACGGAACAAAAUAAUAAAUGCCUACAAAAGAUGUAAUAGCAAAACAAGUGUGCAAUUCCUAAAAAGGCAUUUACAACCCCCCCCUACCAAGUAGGUUUUCUCAGGAGUCAGUCCCACUGUUCCCAACGGGUGCUUAAUCUCAGGGAAAAGCAUAUAAAUUCAGUUUUGGGAUUCCCCAGGCAGAAGAGAUUUGGGUCCUCUGAGGGUUAAAUGCAGUGAGAGAGGAAAGUAUUUUUUUCCUUCCUAUCUGCUUGCCUUAACUCUGCAGGCUUUCCCAAAAGGACUUGGGUGUUACAGAUCCUUUCCUCACUAUUAGCGCCACCUGGCUCAGAUACAGUUCCAUCACAAUGUGAUUUCUUAUAAGAAUCUGUGUUUGACAGUGGAACGGUCUCCCCUUCCUUGGAGGUUUUUAAGCAGAGGUUGGAUGGCCAUCUGUCAGGGAUGCUUUAACUGAGAUUCCUGUUGUGAGGGGCAAGGGAUAUCGCGAAGCCCCUCCCCUCCUGAGUUCCAGCCCAGACCCGAGCGAGGCUGAAAAGAAGGAAAGCUCCAGCUCAAGUGGGGAAACAGGAAGUGGGUUCCAAGGCUCUGGCAGGGAAAGAGAGUCAUCGUUCCAGGUGGGACAGGAAGGGGAAAGGAAGGGGGGCAGGCCAGUCCCCCCAACUCCGGAACUUCGCAAAAGGCGUCGGGGGAAGAGGAUGGGUCUCCCCAAGUUAUUAUGUUGGCGCAAAACGCGCCAAAAGCCACUGGGAGGUUCUGAUUCAAGCUAAACA